GCGGCUGGCGGAGCCAAUGGUGCUACUGGCGCCAGCAUUCAAAAGAGUGCGGGCGCUGAGGCCAAGCUCCGGGCCUCCCCGCGCCCCCGCCCGCUGGGCUGCGGUCUCCCAUGGACCUGAUCCGGAGCCUCUGCGGGCAGCUGCGGACUCUGGCCGUCACCCUGGACAGCGAGACGGCGCGGCUGCAGCGGGCGCUGGACGGAGAGGACAGCGACUUUGAAGAUUAUCCAAUGAGAGUUUUACAUGACCUUCAUUCGGAAGUCCGGACUCUAAAGGAUGAUGUCAGUACUCUUCUUGAUAAAGCAAGUUUGGAAAGUCAAGACAGCAUUGGUUUCAUAAAGGCAACAAAAGUACUGAUGAAAAAAAAUUCAGUGGAUAUCAUGAAAAUAAGAGAGUUUUUCCAGAAGUAUGGAUAUAAUCCACGUGCCGAGACAAAUCCAGCAGAUGAGCAAGAAGUCAUUGACUCUAAAGCAGAGGCCACUAAACAUGAAAAUGUUCAGAAGCCUGAUGUGGAGGAUGACUUGUCUGGCUCUGCUGUUCCGAGCAGUUCUGUUUCUGAGAAGUCUCCACGCAGUCCCCAGCUUUCAGAUUUUGGGCUUGAGCGGUACAUGAUAGCCCAAGUGCUGCCAAGCCCUCCCCUGGCAGUGACUGGCCGUCAGGAAGAGCCAAAGCUUGUAACUCCCUUUUCCAAACAGUCACUAGCAAAAACUCCAAAAUGUGCACUGAAGAUGGAUGAUUUUGAGUGUGUCACUCCUAAAUUAGAACACUUCGGUGUCUCUGAAUAUACUGUGUGUUUAAAUGAAGAUUAUACGAUGGGGCUUGAAAGUGUGAGGGAUAAAAGGGAGGAGGCCGCAGAAACAGAGCCAGUGACCAGCGAUAACUUCUUUGCCACUCCCAGCCUUGUCACGCGGCCUCUGGAAGAAAGCGAUGCUGAGUGUUCCCAGUCUCCCUUGGCACCUACAUUCUGCACUCCCGGUUUGAAAGUCCCUUCUACAAAGGACAGCACAGCUUUGGUGUCCACAAGUGACCCACCGUCAGAGACAAACAGCUCAGCAGGUGGUUUGGAAGUGAAAGACCGCGCGCCGCUGGUUUCGACCUCAGAUAUGCGCUUUGAGGGCUUCGCGGACCCCCCUUCUCCCACGAUUUCCUCCUACGAGAACCUGCUCCGGACGCCCACCCCGCCGGAAGUAACUGCAAUCCCAGAUGACAUUCGCCAGAUUCUAUCAAAGUACAACUCAAACCUCGCUACUCCAGUGGCAGUUAAAGCGGUGCCGCCCAGCAGAGGGCUCCUUCCUCGACACGAAGGGCAGAACGUCCGGGAUGCUGGCAACAAGGAGAACUGGUGAACAAGCUGCGGUGGGGCCCUCCUUCCGUUAUGGAUGAAGCGAAGCUGCACCCCACCCCCCACACCUUCCCCUUUUUAAAAACCAGUUCAUAUUAAAGAUGAGAAUGGACACUG